GCACCUACUACUAAUAAAAGAAGAAGAAUAGUCCCCUUUCGCUAUAUCAGUAGUAAAUGGAAAAUGCCCAAAGAGUCGAUACAAGACCUACAGAAUGCUUAGAAACUUCAAAAAAGUCUCAAUCUUUGAAGUAAAAAAUCGUGAUAUUUCUUCACAAAAACCAUUUGGUUUUGAAGAACCAACAAAUAAGCUAAUGGGUGUCGUUUCUCAUGAAGCAAUCAAUCAGUUGAAGGCCUUGAUGGACCAAGUUGAUGAGCCUCUAAAAAGAACAUUUCAGAAUGUUCAUCAGGGAUAUAUAGUCGAAACUUUGGAUCGAUUCUUAAAAGCAAGAGAGGGGAAUGUUGCCAAAGCCCACAAGAUGUUGGUAGAUAGCUUAAACUGGAGACUGCAAAAUGGUAUCGAUGACAUAUUAUCUAAACCCAUACUUCCUGUUAAUUUGUACAGAGGAGUGCGCGAUUCUCAACUGAUAGGAGUUUCUGGUUAUACAAAAGAGGGUCUUCCAGUAUUUGCUAUCGGUGUAGGUCUCAGCACAUUUGAUAAAGCAUCUGUUAACUACUAUGUGCAAUCGCAUAUUCAAAUUAACGAGUAUCGAGAUCGUGUAAUAUUGCCUGCUGCAACAAAGAAACAUGGAAGAUAUAUCGGCAAGUGUGUGAAGGUUUUAGAUAUGAGUGGCCUCAAACUAUCUGCAUUGAACCAAAUAAAACUACUAACAACUAUCUCUACCAUUGAUGACCUCAACUAUCCUGAGAAGACAAUCACAUAUUAUAUAGUCAAUGUUCCAUACAUAUUUUCAGCUUGUUGGAAGGUUGUAAAACCCCUUUUGCAAGAGCGAACAAAGUUGAAAGUUCAAGUCUUGCAAGGCUGUGGACGUGAUGAGCUAUUGAAGAUAAUGGACUAUUCUGCCCUUCCUCAUUUUUGUCGAAGAGAAGGGUCUGGUUCUUCACGAAGAUCUAAUAACAACACAACUGAAGAUUGCUUCUCAUUGGAUCAUCCUUUUCAUCAAGAACUAUACAACUACAUCAAACACCAAUCAGGGAUUCAAGAACCUACAAAACCCUUCAAGCAAGGAUCCAUGCAUGUACAACUACCCUUAGCAGACCCUAAAAAGACCGAAUUCUGCAAAACCUUGGCUUCUGAAUGGAGGAAGUUUGAAACUCAAGAUGAUCUUUCUAUCUCUUUACAUGAUAUCAAGAUCAGUGAUUAAUUAACUAAUUAAACCAUUAUGUAUGUAUAUGGCCUUGAAUUUGGCCUUCUGUUUUGAUGUGUUUUCUCAUAAAUUACAAGCAUGUGGUGAAAAACAAGCAAUGUAUGUAAUGUAAUGUAAUAAUCUAGGUAUUUCGAUGUGAUUGUAC